AUGCCCUUACAGGUGAAAAAUCCAAAAUUGAGACAGAAAUCCAGAACAAGAUGCAACAAAUCAUAGAAGAAAGCAGAACUUCUUGAUAAUGAAAAGCCAGCUGCUGUAGUUGAUCCUGUUACAACGGGACAUACAGUGAAAACCAGUAAUUAUGGAUGGGAUCAGUCAGAUAAGUCUGUGAAAAUCCACAUUACCUUAACUGGAGUUCAUCAAGUUCCCACUGAGAAUGUGCAGGUGCAUUUCACAGCGAGGUCAUUUGAUCUUUUGGUAAAGAAUCUAAGUGGGAAGAGUUACUCUAUGAUUAUGAACAAUCUCCUGAAACCCAUUUCUGUGGAAGGUAGUUCAAAAAAAGUCAAGACUGAUACAGUUCUCAUUUUAUGCAGAAAGAAAGUCCAUCCCACAACACGUGGGGAUUACGUGAAAAAAAAAAAAAAAAAAAUCAAUUACAAGGAGAAACCCUCCUAUGACACUGAAACAGAUGCUAGUGAGGGAUUGAUGAAUAUUCUAAAGAAAAUAUAUGGAGAAGGAGAUAAUGAUAUGAAGCAAAUCAUUAAUAAAGUCUGGGUGUAA